ACGAAAGGUCGCUUGCAGCUGGCGAGCGGUUCGGCACUGUUCGAUCGCGGCCGCAAUGCCUUGUGAUACCGCGCUACGCAGCUCUACGCGAUCAGUACAUUGCCUCGUAAUGUGCCGGGCGCGAAACGCGCCACAUGGCCCUUGGCGCCAAUUGAUGCGUGCCCAGCGAGUGCCACCGUUUCCGUCAGUUUAGAAUUUGCUCGACCAUGGUCACGACGCACAACAUGCGAGCCCACUGGGACUUUGGCAACCUCGACGCAACCGAAGCCGUCUUCAAGCAGCUCAUAGCAGCAUCUGCGUCGCCCAUCGAAACAAAACUGUUCGAGACCCAGCUCGCCCGUGUGCACGGUCUCCGUGGCCACUUCGAAGCAGCCCAUGCUCUCCUCGAUACAAUCGAAACCGAGCUUGUAAAGCUCGUUGACCCAACAAACGACGUGGCUGAGCUUCAGACGCGCUACCUCUUGGAGCGUGGCCGUGCCAUGCGCUCCGCCAAGCAGCCGGAAGCAGCCUGUCCGCUCUUCAAGCAAGCGGUUGCCGUCGCCGAGGCUUCCCACAUGGACGAGCUCGCAAUCGACGCAAUUCACAUGGUGGCGCUCGUCGUACCUCCGACAGAGGCCAUUGCGUGGACAGAGCGUGGUAUUGCCUUGGCCCAGCGCUCGGAUGACGUCAACGCGCAGAACUGGGACGCGUCCCUCGCCAACAACCUCGGGUGGACCUACUUUGAUGAACGUGAUUAUGCAAAGGCGCUCGCGACCUUUGAGACGGCGCUUCUUGCUCGUGAGCGCAUUGGGACCCCCGAGCCAAUUCUCAUCGCCAAGUGGUCCAUCGCGCGCGUGUAUCGGGCGCUGGAGCGCUACGACGACGCGCUUCAACUCUUGAUGUCCCUCUCGCCUCAAGGUGGGUACACGCACGAAGAGCUCGGUGAAAACCUCCUCGCGCAGCACAAGCCCGAGAUCGCUAAGACUCAUUUUGCCAAGGCGUACGAGGCGCUACGACACGACCCAUCCGUCGACGCGCUGCGUGUCGCCCGCCUCCUCGCCCACUCUCAGUAGUUGACCGCCAUACACACAAGUUGUUGAGCUCCGCGCCAUGUCAUUUCGGUAAAGUCAAUACAUGACAGCAGUCCUUCGCUCUCCGCCGCGUGUCCGAGAAAGCGCCACUGACGGUUGAGGCAUCCGUGAAGCUCGACCAGAUCUUUGCUCGACAUUCCGACCUCUUUGUCCGCGACGA